AUGAAGUUGGAUGAUCGUGAAGUGGGCGGCAUUUACGACACUCAAGUGCUAAAUCCGGAAGCGGUCGUUCACGUGACGAAGGACAGUGAUGAAAUACAGAUUCAGCAGCAAAAAGAUGGGCAGCCAGAUCUGGACGAACCCAUGGAAGAUGUUGAAGAUCCGGUCGCAGACGUGGAGAUGGACGAUGUGGAUUCUACGUCAAGCGUCAGUGCACAACAGCUGAUGCCUCCCGACCGCCAUGUUGAAGACACGAUGCAACUAGCAAAGGUAUCAUCCACCGCAUCAAAUGCAGCAAGAAGAUCGUUUAGUGUUCCGACCUGA